AUGACUGUUCGCAACCAGGGUCUCGCCUCCUCCCGGAGCAAGUCUCGCAAGGCUCACUUCCAGGCCCCCUCCAGCGAGCGCCGCGUUCGCAUGUCCGCUCCUCUCUCCGCCGAGCUGAAGAAGAAGUACAACGUCCGCGCUGUUCCUCUCCGCAUUAACGACACUGUCACCAUUGCCCGUGGUUCCCAGAAGGGCCGUGAGGGCCGCAUCACCGCCGUCUACCGUCUUAAGUACGUCGUCCACGUUGAGCGUGUCGUCCGCGAGAAGACCAACGGCCAGUCCGUCCCCAUCGGUCUGUCCGCCUCCAACCUGGUCAUCACCAACCUGCACAUCGACAAGGACCGUGAGGCCCUUCUUGCCCGCAUCGCCAAGGGUCGUGAGGCCGUCCAGAACAAGGCUUAA